GUCCAAACGAGUUUUGCUGACGUUCAAUACGUAGAAAAGGACGGAGCCAUAGUAAAUUUCAUGGUAGAUGAUGGACUUGAAGAGUAAGUAAGGUUUAACGCUAUUAUAAUCAAGAGGCAGAGGACAUGUCCAUUCCUUUUAACUUUUUAUUUUUUAUUUUUUUUUUAUUUUUCCUCCUUUCAAAAAAGGCUCAUCCCUCUAAGAAUCCAAUACCAGCCUGGAGUCAUCCUCAAUGUCAGGACUGCCUCUCCGUAGACAGUUAUAAUGUAAACACGAUUAUAGAUACUGUAUUACAGCAUUAUUUGAUUGUUGGGUCCUCUCUUCUUAUUCUAUCUCUGAUCUACCAUGGCAUUGUUGAAAGUUUAUAUGUUUUCUAAUAAUCAAUAAAAUCGAUUUCAGGACGAAUAUUUUUCACUUCCACCAUCUUUUCAAUAUUGAUUGAAUUUAAUGACAAUUGCACUAAUCUGAGCCCCCCAACCUGUAGCCAACAGCGCCAAUUGUUCAAUCAGCGAUCCUGCAGUAGGUCUAUAAUGUCCUCUUAGCGACCUAAAAUCCACAUGCCAUCAGCAGGCGAAAGAAUAGUCCAAGAUCAACAGUCCAGCAGACUUUUGCCAUUGAGAAUAGGUGAUUUGAGCAGAAGAGUGCAGGGAUCGACUACCAAGAUUGGACUGGAUCAUUUUCAGCAACCCAAGGAGGUC